AUGGCAAUCAGGCAAGGAGGUCAUUAUUUUGCCAUGCACUACCUGCCGCCUUUGAUGCAGCCCAUAGCACAUGGCAUGCAGCCAUACGGAAUUCCAUCACAGCUGCUUAUGCAGCCUGUUGGCAGUGCACCACAAUAUGCCGCCCAAUUCAACAGCAGCUUGAGCCUGCAAGGGCCCAUCAUCCUAAUGCAGAGCCUCGCCCUGGUGUGUAGCUUUGUAUUUACAACCAAGGUUGUUGAUGGUGAAGCCAAGAGAGACUUCAGCGCUGUGACCAACAUGGAGGACGAGUUUUACAGCAAGGGAGCAAAGCUGAUCAAGGUCCACAGCAAGGAGGACCAGCUUGUGUACAAGGUGUCCGGGGAUACUGGAAAGCCAUUGUAUAUGGAUAAUGAGCACGACUUCAAGGCGGCAAUGGAAAGAGUUGCAAAUAAGGCAAAGAAUGCUUGUACACAAGCUGUGUCCCUGGAAAUAAAAAAUACACAAAACAGGCCUCCAAACUCUACAGCAGCUAACAAAGACAAGAAGCGCAGCCGCACUGAUAAUGUCCCACCCAAACCCAACCCAGAGUUCACCUCGCAGCUCAAGGCAUUCAAGAUCCUUGAGAUGUCCAUCCAAUGCAAAAUGCAACAUGGCCAUUGCUUCAUCAACAGGAAGCAUGGUAUGGAUAACCACUGCCGCCUCAGCCACAAGGAGAUGACUUUAUGGGCUAAACAAAUUGAACUAAAUAUCCCAGUACCGGGUAUGUUCCUAUUAGAGAACUUGUGGCUGGCUGAGAUUGUGACAAUUGACCAGAUCCUUAUGGCGCUGCUUGGAUCAUUGAGUAAGGUAGGUGGUAUGGGGACCAACCACGCCACCAUACUGAAAAGUUAUGCAAAACGGACGGUUAUGUCAGUAUUUGGGUUACAUGGUAGCAAAGACGAGCUGGCUAUAUAUCUAAGUGAAGUCAAGAGCCUCCCUGUCAUUCUGGAAAAGAAAAGAAGGCAUAAUAAGAGCUUGGAGGUUAUCGAGAUUGGAUCAGAUGGAUCAGAACUGGAGUUUGACAAAGUUGAUAAUGCUGAUGAUGCUGAUGAUGCCGAUGGAAAGGAGGACAAGGACAGAGACAAGGAGGACAAAGUCAGCGAUUAG